AUGCCCCCGAGGCUUUCCUCCCUCAAGAGCCUCGCCAACGGCGGCGAGGCUCCGGCGCACUCCCCCACCGGCUCAAGAAGACGCCCCAGGAGACCAGCAUCCGGCACAUCCCUCCACCUCUCCGACUCCCAGCAGAAGAGCAGCAGACCGUCGGUGCAGCGGCUGUUCCUGAGCGCGGCAGACCUCCUCGCCAAGACCACCACCAAGUGCGCACUCCUCACGUGCGCUUCUGGGAUGGCCUGGGCGUCUCUAAUCGUGUGGAUCCUCGGCCCAGCAGUGUCUAGCCCGGAUACGACAACCCAGGUCGAUCAGCAUCAGCAGCAGGAGGUCCCAACGUUGUCCCCAGCAGGAGGCUCCUUCCCGAUCGUAGACGAGGGCUCCUUGUUACCAGGGUGGACGCCGUUAGGCCACCACUCGAGGUUCAUGGGCAGAGAGGCCUUUCCCGAGCAGUUCGAGCACUGGGGGGAGGACCAGGAGGUUGUGAUACACAGCAUGGAUGUGGGCCCGUUGACCGACGAGGGCGAUCAGUUGUUGCCGAGGACGGACCUCUUGCUGGCCAUCCUGUCUGGGGAUGACAAGGCGGCGAGAUUAAAGCGCGACACCAUCCGCGAACUGUACGAUAAGUACGGCGGCUGGGUCACCGUCGGGGGCGAGCGAUCACAGGAACAAAACGAGGAAACCGUAGAGAUGGAGUUUCAGGUGAUUUUCGUGGUGACAAGGUCUACCGCUCCUCCGGACGGAGAGCUUGUGGGGGACGUGCUAUAUGUGAACGCCCCCGAUGGUUACCGCAACAUCGUGUACAAGGUCAAGCACAUGAUGGGACUGGUGCGACAUAUCGACUUCAAGUUCUUGCUGAAGGCAGACGACGACACCUUCGUGUGUGUGGAGAGACUGGCCAACUUCCUGCACAAUCAGCCGGAAGAAUCUAAGGACAAGAUUUACGCCGGUGUUCCAACAGCGUGCAACUCUCCGGCUAACCCCAGCGUAAAAGUUGGGCGUGUGAUAAAGGACCACAAGGAUAAGUGGUACGACCAGAAGUUUGUCCACCACACGCUGGCGGGGCUUGACUGCUACCCGGUCUACAUGCAGGGAGCGUUUUACGUGCUUGCGCAGCCAUUAGUAGAGCACUUGUACAGAGGGCGGGAGCACUACGAUACCUUCAUCAACGAAGAUGUCACCGUUGGCUCUUGGCUGUUGGGGGUGGACCGGGCGCUAGGAACGAUACAUGAUUUCGAGUCAUCAAGAUUGUGGAACUGCGUGUGCGGCUCCAAUUUCGUCUUGAGGCCGGCCGUGAGGAAGGACCAGGCAAGGUGUUCUUUCACGACUGUAAGGAAACAAGCGAGCUCCGUCAGUGCUCCAAGCGUCUCGUCAGGGCGCACCUCCACUGCUGACAGCUGA